CAUUCGACCCCGAAGUUGCCUGUGAGCAAUUUCAAAAGUUUAACGGCUAUCGGUAGUCGGUGCUUUUGUUUUUGUCUGCUUAUUCUUCGAGAUAACGGUGCUUUGAUGUGUAUACUUAGAAUGUAAGCAAAAAAAUUCUAGUUUGCGCAUCAUUUGACGAAAUUAUUUGGAAUGUGCUGGACGUGCCUCGCGUAAAAAGUGAUUGUUGUAUUGUGAGGUAUAUUGAAAAGAAAGUGAUUUACUUUUUAAUUACGCAUUAAAAGUUGAAGAAUCUGAGGAAUUUUCAAAGUAAUAAAGUUGCUUGUGAGCAACCUUGGGCCAUUGCACCACCAAAAUAUGAGACCAAAAGAAAAAGGUUUAUCAAAUGAUGAUAUUGAGAGAAUUGUCAACUUCGAUUGGGAUGUCUCCAGUGACGAAGAAAGUGGUGAUGAAAUGGAAGACAUCUCUGGAAUGUUGGAGAAUAAUUUAAAAAGUAUAUUGGAAAGGGGAGAAUCAAUAGAAUUUGAGCAUAUUGAAAAUUUGAUUGAUGAAAAAAGCAUUCAAGAAAAUAGUGUUGUGGCUGAUAAUUGCUUUGAAAAAGUUGAUCCCAAAACACUUAAGUGGAGAAAUAGGCCAUUUCAAGCUCCAGGGUGUAUUUGGGAAGAAGAUAGUAAUCGCCAAAUCGAUGAAGUGAAGACCCCUGUAGAGUAUUUCUGCAGCUUUUUUGACAAUAAUGUUAUUGAUUUAAUUACAAAUCAAACUAAUUUGUAUGGGUUGCAAGAGCACGGCAUAGAGCUGCAAUGUACUGGAGAUCAAAUAAAAAGGUAUAUCGGAAUUUUAUUGUACUUGGGUGUCAUAAAAGUACCUCAAUUUAAAAUGGCUUGGUCAAAAGAAUACAAGCUUUCUGCUAUAUCGGAUGCAAUGCCACGAGGAAAGUUUGAAAAAAUCAAACAAUGUUUACAUUUCAACGAUAAUACAAAACAACUAAAAAAAGGUGAUUUGAACUAUGAUAAACUGUACAAAAUACGCCCUUUACUUGACAUUCUCAAAAAAAGUUUUGGUAAACUACCCCAAGAAGAACAUCAAAGCGUUGAUGAGCAAAUCAUUGCGUACAAAGGCCAAUCGUCUUAUAAGCAAUACAACCCAGCUAAGCCUCACAAAUGGGGUUUAAAAAUGUUUACGCGCGCUGGAACAUCUGGAUUAGUUUAUGACUUCACACUGUAUGUUGGCGAAGGCACUUGCCCAAACUUUGGAUUGGGAAUAUCUUCAGAUGUGGUAUUAUACUUAUCAAAAGGUCUUCCCAAAGGCAAACCUUUCAAGCUGUAUUUUGACAAUUGGUUUACGUCAGUUAGUCUCUUGGUUGCAUUGAAGGAAAAUGGCAUAUUUGCAACCGGAACUAUCCGCAAAAACCGCAUAAGCAGCUGUAGACUUCUUUCAGAUGCAGAAUUGAAAAAACGUGGAAGAGGAUCAUUUGAUACAAAAUAUGAAGUAAACAAUAAUCUGAUAUGCGUCAAAUGGUUUGAUAAUAAGUCGGUUCAACUACUAUCUUCGUAUGAAGACCAUCAGCCAGUUGGAAUGUGCAAACGAUGGAGUCCUAAAGAAAAAGUUUACAUUGAUGUUGUAAGGCCUGCUAUCGUAGGCUCUUAUAACAAGGGUAUGGGAGGAGUAGACUUAGCGGACAUGCUUAUGGAGCUAUAUAAAAUAAACCACCGUUCAAGAAAGUGGUACAUUAGAAUUUUUUAUUGGUGCUUGGGAACAUCAAUGACAAAUGCAUGGCUGCUGUAUAGAAAAAAUUUUCAUUUUCUAAACCCAAAUCAAAAGUAUAUACCGCUCAUCAAAUUUCAAAUGGAAGUUGCUCAUGAGCUGCUACAAUGUACUUACUCUACUUCAUUUGAAAAAAAGAGGGGUCGGCCAUCAAAUAUGCAAAGAGAAAACUCAAUAAUAUCUUUGGGUUCUCCAACUAGCAGUGUGUCUUCCAAUCAAUCCAAAAAUACAAGUUUCAGCCAAAUCCUACAAAUUCUAUGCGUUACGAUUGCAUGGAACAUUGGGUGGUAUUUACUGAAAAAGGGCGUUGCAGACUGUUGUAUCAAUGCCAAGCUACCCUCGUUCCUGAAGGAAUUUCAAACGACUGAUAAGAGCGGCGGCAGCAACAUCUACAGCAGCAGCAGCAACAGCAGCGGCAACAUCGAUGGCGUCGAAUGUCUCAAUGCGAGGAGCAGACCGAGCACUCGAGCACGCAUCAUAUGUGCCCUCAAUAAGGCGUGGCUCAGUCAUUGA